AGGGGAGGGGUCCCGCGGCCUCAGUGACGUGGGGGGCCGGGCGGGAUGGCGCGGGGGGCAGGGGUCCAAGAGGGAGGGGAGGGGAGAUGAGAGGAGGGGUCCAGUGGCCUCAGUGAGCUAGGGGGCGGGGCGGGCCGCGCGUCUCCACCGCGCCCAGAUGCCGCGCGCGCGAAGCGGGCCUGUCACAGGAGUGCCCAGACCUUUUAGAGAACGACCAGUUAGUGCCGGGGAGAGAAUGGAGCACACUCGGGACACGAGGAGAAAGACACGCGGAAAAGCAGCCGCGGCUUUUCUGACAGCCGGGGCGGGGCUGGAGCACAGAUUGCGGCCUGAGCGGGCGCCGGAAGUGGGCGGGGUCGGGGCGUGUCCCCUGGCAGGAGCGGCCAUUGCGGACCGCUCACGGUCCGGAAGUGGGUGGAGCCAGGGCGGGUUCUCCGGGGAGAGCACUGAUUGCGGCCUGCGCGGGGACCGAAAGGGGGCGGUGCGGAGAGGAGCGGGGCCAGCGGGAGCGGUGAGGCGGCCAGUGCGAAGGCCGGAAGUGGGCGUGUCCGCCCGGCGGGGGCGUGUCCGCGGGUGCGGCCGGGGGGCGGUGGGGGCUACUCAGGCCGCUGCGGCGCGCGAGGAGCCUGAGGAGAGGUUGGCCGCGUCGGUCCGGAGCCGGCCAGGUGCGCGGCCGCGCAUGGAGGGUCCAGUGGAGUGCGGGGCCCGGGACCAGGCCGAGCUGGAGCAGCCCGUCGGGGGCGCCCUGGGCGGUACGCCCGAGCAGCGCGCCCGCUGCCGCCUCAGGGAGCCGGGGCACUCGGCGGCAGACCCCGCCGACCCCUCCGACCCCGCGGACGGCGCCCCGAGCGCGCCCCCGGGGAGGCGGCCCCGCGGCGGCCCCGCGGAAGAGGGCGCGCGGCCCGAGGUGCCUGGCGAUGCGCCGCGGCCCGGCCGCCCCGCGCCCCGGGACGCGGCGGGGGGCUCCCCGCAGCUGCGGCGCGGCCCCGGGGGCGCGGACGGCGCGGCGGCAGAGGAGGAGGGCGCGGGCGCGCUGACGCUGGACCCGCUGGAGCACGCGUGGAUGCUGUCGGCCGCCGACGGCCGCUGGGACAGCCUAGAGGGGCUGCUGGCCUGCGAGCCCGGCCUGCUGGCCAAGCGCGACUUCAUCACCGGCUUCACCUGCCUGCACUGGGCGGCCAAGCACGGCCGGCAGGAGCUGCUGGCACUGCUGGUGCGCUUCGCGGGCCAGCACCGGCUGCCGGUGAACAUCAACGCGCGCACAAGCGGCGGCUACACCGCGCUGCACCUGGCGGCCAUGCACGGGCACGUGGAGGUGGUGAAGCUGCUGGUCGGGGCCUACGACGCGGACGUGGACGUGCGCGACUACAGCGGCAAGAAGCCCUCGCAGUACCUGAGCCCGAGCACCGCCGAGGAGAUCCGGACCCUGGUGGGCGCUCUGGACGAGGACGAAGCCGAGAGCGCGGCGGGCAGCGGGGGAGGGCGCUGGAGGCUCUCGAGGGUGCUGCCCUCGACCCUCAUCUCCGGCAGGCUCUCGCACGCUCUGGAGGACGGCGGGGACCACCACCACCAUCACCAUCACCAUCACCAUCACCUGGCCGAGGGAUUGGCUGCGGGCAAAGCGAAGGAGCCGGGUCGCAAAGCCUCGGGCAGCUCUAGUGGGCGGAUGAAACCCAGACUCAACAAAAUCCGCUUCCGAACCCAGAUCAUCCACACCACACCCUCUUUCAGAGACCCGGAGCAGCCCCUGGAGGAGGGGGAGGACGAAGAGGAGGACCGGUCUUUUAAAGGCCACUCAUCCUCAUUCAAAUUGAGACCCAAGUCCAAUGUAUUCGGGAUUAUGGAAGUGGGAUAUGUACAUUUGAGAAGCACUUUUAUCCAUACAUGUGGGUGAAAAUCUAAUUUUGUAUAAAUCAAAAUUAGGUUCCUUGAAGGUGAAAAGCAGUCAUUUGUUCCGGAUGAUACACACAUUGCCUGUAUCUAGUGCGGGGUAAGUUGUAACUUCUCACUGAAUCUUCGGUUUCAAGGACGUGUGAAGCCAAAGUGAACCAUAAAAACACUGCGGAACCACCUCCCCGUUCCACUGAACAGUCAGUGUUAAUCUCUCAAAUGUGUAUGUUAGUGCCUAAUUGCACAGAAUCUAUAAUUUGCUAGAUCUUUAGGGAUUGAGUCAAUACUUAACAUGCUUUUCACAUUAAAGAAUUCAACUUUUCAGAUAAAAUAUACUUUAAAAUUUCAAAAAUCAUUCCUGGGGGAACUUCUAGCAUUCCUUGUCAUGAUGUACUUGUGUGCAGUAAGUGCAGCAUUUUCAGCUGCUUAACUCUGUUCCUCUUAUUUUUUCAAUUUCUAAAUUGAGAUUAUAAAAAGCAAGUGAUUUGUGUAAUUUGAUGUUUGUGGAGUUGUGCCUACCAUUAAUGGAAAUAUGCACGCCAGUUACUCAGAGGUCGUUGAUGUGAAACUGUGGUUAGAAAAUCCAGGUGUGUCGGUGUGUUUCUUACAGGUGCACUGGACACUAGUGAAUUUGUCACAGCUCUCUUCACUUUUAUGGUGUAUAAAGUGCAGCUAGCAUAUAAAACUUGAAAAUAUGUCACUAGUCUAUUCAUGCCUGAAAUCUUGGAGUCCAGGAUGCCUUGUCUCUUACUUUUCAAAUAAAUGAAACUUUGGGAGUUUAGAAUGUAAAACUUGUAAAGUUUGUUUUGUCAAAAUAAAACGUUCACACUAGA